UACGCUGGUGGCUGCUGGAAAACCGAAAUCUGCAGUGACCGUUCUGUCAUCAAAUUCCACUGUCGUCUCGAACCAGAGACUCCAUCUUUUGCCGUUGCUUCGGGUGAUCAAACCCUGGUCUUUGUGGAAGUUGGUGUAGUUAGAGACAUACACUUUGCGUGUACGCUUGCAAGCUCUCUCGUUCUCGCCUACGUAGAACAACAGAGAGAUGGUGAUGGAGGUAGAGUGCUGUGGGACGCGAUUCGCUCUGUACGUGUUGAUAGUGAUAGGGUUGGUGUGCUUUGCCGGACUGAUGGCUGGUCUUACUCUCGGUCUUAUGUCUUUGGGCAUCGUCGACCUUGAGGUUCUCAUCAAGUCUGGUCGUCCUCAGGAUCGUGCUCAUGCUGCUAAAAUUUUUCCAGUGGUAAAAAACCAGCAUCUUUUGCUUUGCACGCUUUUGAUUGGCAACUCUUUAGCAAUGGAGGCUCUUCCUAUUUUCCUAGAUGCUCUAGUGCCUCCAUGGGCAGCGAUCUUGUUAUCAGUCACACUCAUCCUUGUGUUUGGAGAGAUAAUGCCACAAGCUGUCUGCACUCGUUAUGGAUUGACAGUAGGAGCUACAAUGGCACCCUUUGUUCAUGUUCUUCUUCUAAUAUUCUACCCCAUUUCUUAUCCAAUUAGCAAGGUUCUCGAUUGGAUGCUUGGUAAGGGACAUGCUGCCCUUUUAAGGAGGGCAGAGCUCAAGACUUUCGUAAACUUUCAUGGGAAUGAGGCUGGCAAAGGAGGAGAUUUAACACAUGAUGAGACGACAAUCAUAACUGGUGCCCUUGAGUUGACUGAAAAGACUGCAAAAGAUGCCAUGACCCCCAUAUCAAAGGCAUUUUCCCUUGAUCUGGAUGCAACUCUAACUUUGGAGACACUGAAUGCAAUAAUGACUAUGGGUCAUAGUAGAGUUCCAGUUUAUGCAGGAGAUCCAACGAAUAUCAUAGGACUUGUUCUGGUUAAAAAUCUUCUAAUGGUUUAUUCGAAAGAUGCAGUUCCCCUAAGAAAAAUGAUUAUAAGAAAAAUUCCUCGUGUUGCAGACAACAUGCCUCUCUACGACAUACUAAAUGAAUUUCAGAAGGGUCACAGUCAUAUAGCCGUUGUGUAUAAGGACCUGAAUGCUAAAAAGGAAGUACCUAAAAAGAAUAAAGAUGGGGAACAACUUGAAUUUAAGGACAGCUGCAAGAACAAGGAGAAAAAGGCAUCCUUGGAGAAAGGUGCCAAAUCGGAGAUGAUCGGGGGUUCUAAUGGAGGUCCACAGGUGAAGAGAAGCCCACCAACUACUCCUUCCUUUAAGAAGCGACAUAGAGGUUGUUCAUAUUGCAUCUUGGACGUAGAGAAUGCUCCCCUGCCAACAUUUCCACCCAAUGAAUUGGUUGUUGGCGUAAUUACAAUGGAGGAUGUCAUUGAAGAACUUCUUCAGGAGGAAAUAUUGGAUGAAACUGAUGAAUAUGUUAAUAUUCAUAACAAGAUAAAAGUGAACAUGCAGGCUUCCAAGGAAAAGGCCCCUGAUGCAAACAUAAUGCAGCCUUCUGUAAAGGGAUCAUCAACGUCAUCAACUUCGAGCUCUGCAGGCAUGACUGCUGAUUCUCUAGCAAUUUCAGGACGCACUCCAGCUACUUCCUUUUCUGCUGCCACUUCUGCAACAGGCUCGGCUCAUUGAGCCAGUUCAAGAGUGCAUGCAUAAAGAAUGAACUGUGAAAAGGGCAGAGCAGGAGAUUGUUACUCAUGAAUGAUAUAAUGAAUCAUGUUAGGAUAUACGAAGAAGGAAUCGUAUAAGAUGUACUUAGGUGUUGUGUAUAGGUUGGAAAAUUAAAUAUAAUGUGUGUGGGUAGAUCCUGCAAGGGAGUUUGGUGUUCAUAUUUAUUUCCUUCCAUGAACGGAUGAAACGGCCGAAAAGUGAGUAUAUUGUUUCUGCCAGACAUUAAUUUAAGAUAAUUAAAAUCUAAACCUUUUAAAAUCCA